AUCUUUCAUUGUUGCGCUUCAUUAUAUACCACUGUUCAAAAAGUUUUUCCGACCGUUAGAGAACUAACCGUUACAUUUUUUCCACAUUACAGAGCGACACUCCUUCGUCCCUCUACCUCUCAUCUCUUCUCUUCUCUCCAAACUCCAAACCGAACACGCUCUCUAUUCAUUUCUACUCUUAUACUAUUAUUAUUAUUAUUAUUAUUGAUUGAUUGAUUGAUUCCUCACUAUUUUAAUUUUAAUCAUCCCAAUUUUCACACAAACCCUAAUCGGAACGAACUCGAAAUGGCGGUGGCAUCAGAGGCAACCGGUGGAGCAACUACUAUCAUUGAUGAAACUUACGAAUUCUCUGCACCAAGAUUCUUCGAUUUCAUGAAAGGGGAAUCAGAUGAGGAAAUCCGUAGGGCCGAGCUCUGGUUUCACACCGCUCUCUCAUACGCUCCUUCUCCAUUCAUGCCUAAAAUCAAGGCUGGUAGAUCCAUUACUAUAGGUACCUUGUGUGAUUUUAGUGAAGCUGACAAUGUGCCAAAGAUGUCAGCAAAUGUUGAAGAUAGUGUUUUGGAAUCAAAUCAACAACCACAAAGCAUGACUAGCAAAAUAAAGGAAGAGGGUGUAGCCAAGGAAGAAAACCUUACAAAUGUUUCUCGUGUGAUUUCUACCAAUAAGGAAGAUGAUGUACCAUGCUGCAAGGCCAAAGACGAAAAUAAUUCAACUUAUCUCGAGGAUGUUGUUGGUAAGGAAGUGAGUGAUCAUAAAGGGGAGAGCUUAAAAGUACAAACAUCCACAGAUGCAUCUGUUGAAGUAGGAAAAGAUGUUUGCACACCAAAUCCAGCAUUGAGGAAAAAUGUCAAUACCACUUCCACUAAUUCCAAGAAGCAACAGAACUCUAAAACGGUAUCCACAAAUGCCAAAACUCGGUUACAAUCAGCAGCCAAGAAGAGCACUUCAGGGACCCCCCACUUAGCCCAAGAGAAUCAAGCUAUUAAGAGGCAAAAAUUGGAAGGAGGAAAAACUAGACAGAUUCUGAAUCCGAAACCUCAAACUCUGCCUCAUGAUAAGUCAAAAUUGGGUUAUUGUUCAAGUACUACUAGCAAAAUUCACAAAGAGGACAGAAAGGUUUAUGUUCGUGAAACACCAAAAACACCCGCGUCUGCGCCAUUUGUAUCAAUGGCAGAAAUGAUGAAGAGAUUCCAGACUAGUGCGAGAGACCUGCCACUGCAUAACACUGUUUCCCAUACAAAACCAAAACUCACACUGACCAGGCCUAAGGAACCUGAAUUUGAGACAAAUCAACGGGUUCGCCCUGCUAGAGUGAAGAGUGCUGCUGAGCUUGAGGAAGAAAUGAUGGCUAAGAUGCCAAAAUUCAAGGCACGGCCAUUGAAUAAGAAGAUUCUGCAAACUUCAACUUUGCCUCCCAUGCCAAGAAGUACACCCCAACCACCAGAGUUUAAGGAAUUUCAUCUAGAAACGCUGGCUAGGGCUCAUCAAAAUACAGAUUCAGCUUCAAAAGCCUCAUUGGAGGUGUCUCAUAAGGAGACUUCAUGGAAACCUCAUCUUACUGAACCUAAACAUCCACUACUCCAAACAUCGCUAAGGGCCCGCCCACCAACAGUGAAAAGCUCUUUAGAAAUAGAGCAAGAGGAACUUGAGAAGAUUCCUAAAUUCAAGGCAAGACCUCUAAAUAAGAAGAUCUUUGAAAGUAAAGGGGAUAUUGGAAUAUUCUGCCAUAUGAAGAAACAUGUUACCGAACCUCAAGAAUUCCACUUUGCAACAAAUGAGAGGUUUCCACCACCUACUGCCGUGGCUGAUUUAUUUGACAAGCUUUCUUUGAAGUCUGAACCUGCUUGUAACCGCAACACAAUUCCAAAAGUCACUACUCCAAAUCCAUUCCAUCUUCACACUGAGGAAAGAGGAGCCAAGAAAGAGAAGAAAUUGAUCAUGGAACUUUUUCAGAAAGAGUUGGAAGAGGAAGCAACAAGGGUUCCGAAGGCAAACCCAUACCCCUAUACCACUGACUAUCCCGUGAUCCCACCAAAGCCAGAACCCAAAAAAUGCACAAAACCAGAGCCAUUUCAAUUGGAGAGCCUAGUGAGACAUGAGGAAGAAAUGCAAAAGGAACAAGAAGAAAGACUUAGAAUGGAAAGAGAGCAAAGAAAGAUGAGAAAAUUUAAGGCACAGCCAGUAUUAAAAGAGGACCCAAUCCCAGUUCCAGAGAAGGUCCGCAAACCCCUUACAGAAGUUAAAGAGUUUGAUUUACAUUUGAAUCAUCGGGUCGUGGAGAGAGCACAAUUUGAUGAGAGGAUUAAGGAGAAAGAAAUGAUGUACAAACGAUACAGAGAGGAGAGUGAAGCAGCAAGAAUGAUGGAGGAAGAGAAGGCACUGAAACAGAUGAGAAAGACAAUGGUUCCUCAUGCUAGACCAGUUCCAAAUUUUGAUAAUCCAUUUUGUCCCCAAAAGAUUUCUAAAACAACAAAACCCAAGUCCCCAAACUUGCGUGUUCUCCAAAGAAGACGGAAGAUAUUCAAUGGCUCCACAGUCUCAUCAAGUCCUACUACUAACAUGAGAUGACUGGAGCAUCCAGUUUGUGAUCAAAGUUUGAGUUCAAGAACUCUUGAAUCCUUGACACUUCCCCCCAAGGUGUCUCUUUGUAAUAGUGUAAUAAUAGUUAAAAUCUAUUCUUUGAUGUAAAGUUUUUCUAAAACUGCAGCUCGAUGUAAAAACAAUUUGUGAUACCAAAUCAACAUUUCAAAUAAUAUUGCUAAAUUAAGAUUAUGAGUUAAAAAGCCAUAUAAAGUUUAUUAUUUCAUCA